CAACAGCAACCGCAAGCAAAUCAUUAAUUAAAUUAAAAAUGCUAAGAGCUUUCUCUCUCAGGCGCACACUCCAUCUUCAUCUCAGACCUCUCAAGCCAGUAAAAGAUCCACUACCCUUGGUACGCCCACUAUCAACUGCCUCCUCCCCCUCUGACGCCGAAAUUCGUAAAUAUCUGGGCUAUGCGGCGCUUCUGCUCUUCUCUGGUGCCGCCACUUACUAUUCCUUUCCAUUUUCCGAUUCCGCCAAACACAAAAAGGCCCAACUCUUUCGCUACGCUCCAUUGCCUGAAGACCUUCAGACUGUCUCCAACUGGAGCGGCACUCACGAGGUCCAGACUCGCAACUUUCACCAGCCUGAGAAUAUCCAAGAACUGGAGAAUUUAGUCAAAGAGUCUAAUGAGAAGCGGGCUAAGAUCCGGCCCGUGGGCUCCGGACUCUCUCCUAAUGGGAUCGCGCUAACUCGGGCUGGGAUGGUGAAUUUGGCCCUGAUGGAUGAGGUGUUGGAGAUUGAUAAGGAGAAGAAGAUAGUGGUAGUUCAGGCUGGAAUUACAGUUCAGGCGUUGGUGGAUAAGAUUAAGCAAUAUGGCCUUACGCUUCAGAAUUUUGCUUCCAUUCGAGAGCAGCAAAUUGGUGGCAUCAUUCAGGUUGGCGCACAUGGCACUGGUGCAAAUUUGCCUCCUAUUGAUGAGCAAGUCAUCAGCUUGAAAUUGGUCACUCCUGCCAAAGGAACAAUUGAGGUUUCAAAAGAGAAAGAUCCAGAGCUCUUCUAUUUGGCUCGUUGCGGUCUUGGCGGCCUUGGAGUUGUUGCUGAAGUCACCCUUCAGUGUGUUGAGAGACAAGAACUUGUAGAGCACACAUCUGUCUCAAGUAUAAAAGAGAUUAAAAAAAAUCACAAGAAAUUAUUAUCUGAGAAUAAGCAUGUGAAGUACCUCUAUAUUCCAUAUACUGACACGGUUGUGGUUGUAAGGUGCAACCCUGUUUCAAAAUGGAAAGGUCCUCCGAAAUCAAAACCACAAUAUACUACUGAUGAAGCUAUACAACACAUUCGAGACCUUUACAGGGAGUCCCUCGCAAACUAUAGAGCUGACAGUGAUGAAUCAGACAUAAAUGAGCUUUCUUUUACCGAGCUAAGAGAUAAACUGCUCGCACUUGAUCCACUUAACAAAGAACAUGUCGUAAAGGUUAAUAAAGCUGAGGCUGAAUUUUGGAAGAAGUCAGAGGGAUACAGAGUUGGAUGGGCUGAUGAAAUUUUGGGGUUUGAUUGUGGUGGGCAACAGUGGGUAUCAGAAACUUGCUUUCCUGUUGGAACCCUUGCCAAACCGAGCAUGAAAGACCUUGAAUACAUCGACAAGCUGAAGCAACUGAUAGAGAAGGAAGAUAUACCUGCACCUGCGCCUAUAGAGCAACGCUGGACAGCACGCAGUCGGAGCCUCAUGAGUCCAGCUUAUAGCCCUGCUGAGGAUGAGAUUUUCUCAUGGGUUGGUAUAAUUAUGUACCUCCCCACCAUGGAUGCUCGCCAGAGAAAGGACAUAACUGAAGAAUUCUUCCACUACAGGCAUCUGACUCAAACACAGUUGUGGGAUCAAUAUUCUGCUUAUGAGCAUUGGGCUAAGAUUGAGGUUCCAAAGGACAAGGAAGAACUUGCUGCUCUCCAAUCUAGGCUGAGGAAGCGUUUUCCAGUGGAUUCUUACAAUAAAGCCAGAAAGGAGCUGGACCCCAACAGAAUUCUUUCUAAUAACAUCCUAGAGAAGCUAUUCCCUUUAUCAGAUAGUGCCUGAGAAGUGUGUCAUAUUGGUUAGUUAUUUAUUUAUGUGCUUGAUCGAAGUGCCCUUUGCUUGUUCAAAUUUACUAUGAGCAUCUUGAGCCCUAAGAUUUUGGUCUUAUAUCAAAUGGAGAGUCAUGUUUAUUGUUAAGAUGAUGAGGAAUGUUAACUUGAAUAAGUGAUUGAGGUCUCACAAGAGAUAUUGUGUAUCAGAUGUGUUAAAUGGCACGCUGUUCAGAUUCAUGUCAUAUUGUGAAGAUGAUUAACAUAGUGUUUGAAAGUCA